AUGGCGGAAGGACGCAGAGAACAGUCGCCUCAUCCUCUCCUUUCGGUACCACCGGCCAGCAAGCGACCCUGCCUUCGCCCAGCACCCCGAGGUCCCGGGCCGGGGCCCGGCCACGGCAGCGGGUUGCCCAGCUCCCGGUAUCGUUCUCCCGAGUCUCUUCUGGACUGCGCUGCUAAAGCAGUAGCGGAAAAGUGGGCCUUCGAGAGAGUAGAGGAGCGCUUCGAACGGAUCCCGGAGCCCGUCCAGCGCCGCAUCGUCUACUGGUCUUUCCCCCGCAACGAAAAGGAGAUAUGCAUGUACUCUUCGUUUCAGUGCCGAGUCGCCGGGGAGGAAGGUCCGUCGGCGACUCCCGGUGGGGCUGGGGGUGCUGGUUCCGGAGCUACAACCGCCGGUGGCGGUGGAGGAUCUACCGCCGGUACAACAGCUACCGUUGGGGCAGCCGGGGCAGUGGGGACGGGAGACGGACUGCCUUUCCGUCGGGGUAUCAGACUGCUAGAAACCGGUUGUGUGGAAAACGUUUUACAAGUCGGAUUUCACCUCAGUGGCACAGUGACCGAACCCGCCACAUCGUCUGAGCCGGAGGUCACCCACAAGGUAGCCAUCAGCUUCGACCGGUGCAAGAUCACCUCUGUCACCUGUGGCUGUGGGAACCGAGACAUAUUCUACUGCGCGCAUGUCGUGGCGCUCUCACUAUAUCGGAUUCGCAAGCCCGAACAGGUGAAGCUACGGCUGCCUAUCUCAGAGACUUUGUUCCAGAUGAACAGAGAUCAGCUACAGAAGCUGGUGCAGUAUCUGAUCACAGCCCACCACACCGAGGUGCUGCCCACUGCUCAGAAACUGGCCGAUGAGAUUCUCUCUUCCAACUCUGAGAUCAACCAGGUCCAUGGUGCCCCGGACCCAACUGCAGGCGCCAGCAUUGAUGAUGAUAACUGCUGGCAUCUGGAUGAAGAUCAAGUCAGGGAGCAAGUCAAGCAGUUUCUGUCGCAGGGAGGUUACUACGGCUCUGGGAAACAGCUCAACUCCAUGUUCGCUAAGGUGCGAGAGAUGCUGCGAAUGCGGGACUCCAAUGGUGCCCGAAUGCUAACGCUCAUAACGGAACAAUUCAUGGCAGACCCCCGACUGUCACUAUGGAGACAACAAGGCACGGGCAUGACGGACAAGUGCAGGCAGCUCUGGGAUGAGCUGGGUGCAUUGUGGGUGUGUGUGGUGCUAAAUCCUCACUGUAAAAGCGAGGAGAAGAGUGGCUGGUUGAAGCAGCUGAAGAAGUGGGGGGACAUGGACAUCUGCCCACUGGAGGACGGCAACUAUGGCAGUGAACUUCCCAACAUUACCAACGCUCUGCCGCAGAGCAACCUCGCCCAGGACUCUCUGUCCAGGCCACGGAGGACUGUGUUCAGUCGGGCUGUCGAGGCCUGCGACCUCCACUGGCAGGACAGCCACCUGCAGAGGAUCAUUAGUAGCGACUACUACAUGUCUCCGUCCUACCAAAGAGAAGGGGAGAGCCUGCUGUUCAGCCCGCAGGGCUUGCCACUCUGGCUAGACCACGUCCCAACGGCAUGUGCUCGCGUCGACGCCUUGCGCUCACACGGUUAUUCCAGAGAAGCCCUGCGAUUGGCCGUCGCCAUCAUCAACACCCUCCGCCUACAACAGCAGAGGCAGAUGGACAUCUACAAACACCAAAAGAAAGAACUUCUCCAGAGGGGUGUUACCUCCACCACUAACCUGGAAGGCUGGGUGGGCCAUCCGUUAGACCCAAUUGGCUGCCUGUUUAUCACGCUCACAGAAACGUGCCGUGUUGAUGACGACAACACCAUGGACACUGGAGACUGUGACCCCAGACCUCCAGUUUACCAUCAUGUGCCAGUGUGGGGCAGUCCAGAUGCAGGGGAGUCCUACUUGACUCUGGCCUUAGAGGUGGCUCUGAUGGGUAUGGGUCAGCAGAGGAUCAUGCCCGAGGGACUGUACGCCCAGGAUAAGGUGUGUCGUAAUGAGGAGCAGAUUGUUGCAAAGCUUCAGGAACUGGAGCUGGACGAUCUAUUGGUUCAGACCCUCCGGAAGCAGGCCAUACAGCUACUAGAAGCUGGCCCAUUCAGCGGUCUGGGUGAGGUCAUCCACAGGGAAAGCGUUCCAAUGCACACCUUUGCCAAGUACCUGUUCUCUGCCCUGCUGCCGCAUGACGCAGACCUGGCUUAUAAAGUGGCUCUCCGCGCCAUGAGGUUGCCGGUUCUGGAGUCAUCGGCGGGCUCCGGGGAUGUCGGCCACCCUCAUCACGGUAUCUCCAUAGUUCCGAGCAGAUACCCACGCUGGUUCACACUGGGCCACCUGGAGUCACAGCAGUGUGAGCUGGCUUCAACCAUGCUCACUGCUGCUAAAGGCGACAUGUUGAGAUUGCGGACGGUGCUGGAGGCCAUCCAGAAAAACAUCCACUCCUCUUCCUUAAUCUUCAAACUGGCCCAAGACGCCUUUAAAAUAGCGACACCCGCAGAGAGCCCACCCGAUAUAACCCUGCUCAACGUGGCGCUGGAGCUAGGACUGCAGGUGAUGAGGAUGACUCUGUCCACUCUGAACUGGAGGAGGAGAGAGAUGGUUCGCUGGCUGGUAACCUGCGCCACUGAAGUCGGUCUGCGGGCACUGGUGAGCAUCUUACAAAGCUGGUAUACUCUGUUCACGCCCACCGAAGCCACCAGCAUCGUGGCGGCCACCGUCAUGUCCCAUAACACCAUCCUGCGCCUCAGCCUCGACUAUCCCCAGCGAGAGGAGCUUGCAAGCUGUGCAAGGACCUUGGCCCUGCAGUGUGCCAUGAAGGACCCCCAGAACUGCGCCCUGUCAGCUCUGACGCUCUGCGAGAAGGACCACAUCGCCUUCGAGACGGCCUACCAGAUCGUGAUCGACGCAGCGUCGACGGGCAUGACCUACUCGCAGCUGUUUACCAUUGCGAGGUACAUGGAGCACCGAGGAUACCCCCUGCGGUCGUUCAAGCUGGCCUCGCUGGCCAUGACGCAUCUCAACCUGGCUUACAACCAAGACACUCACCCAGCUAUUAACGACGUGCUGUGGGCCUGUGCGCUCAGCCACUCGCUGGGGAAGAAUGAGCUUGCGGCUAUUAUUCCGCUGGUGGUGAAGAGCGUGCACUGCGCCACAGUCUUGUCUGACAUUCUACGGCGGUGCACUAUGACUGCGCCGGGUCUCGCUGGAAUUCCUGGGAGAAGGAACUCUGGGAAGCUGAUGUCCACGGAUAAGGCACCGCUGCGCCAGCUCCUGGACGCCACGAUCUCGGCGUAUAUCAACACCACGCACUCUCGGCUGACGCACAUCAGUCCGCGGCACUAUGGGGAGUUCAUAGAGUUCCUGAGCAAAGCACGGGAGACUUUUCUGCUGGCACAGGACGGACACAUUCAGUUUGCCCAGUUCAUAGACAACCUGAAACAGAUCUACAAGGGCAAGAAGAAACUGAUGAUGUUGGUCAGGGAGCGCUUCGGCUGACCUUACUGACCUUCUCUCACAGAGACCCCCUUCUUGGGGGAAGCAGUUACACUUCUGUGUUUCUAAUUUAAGUUUUAUUUCUUUUUAUUUUCACAUAUUUUGAGCCAUUUGCUGACUGAGUUUUUAUCCUGUUGUUCUGUUUCUUGAAUGUGAACCAGGAAGUGUUCACAGUACAUUGCUCUACUUCAUUAAGACUGCAAAAGGGGGGAAAAGGUUUGAAAUGUCAACUAAGCAACUAGAAAAACAAAGCAUUUUGCCCUCUGACUAAUGUUAAAUUUAGUGUUUAAAAAAGGAAAAAAGUCAAAAGAAUGUGAUUGCAAAAGCAAAACAAACUUUAGUUUUGUGGGGGUACAUGAUGAUAUGAAAACCAAAUGAUUUAGCUGUAUGUACUGUUGAGCCAGAAGAUGCUUUCAGCCGGGGUUAAGAAGAAGGAGAGGUUUUCAGAGUGGAAGAAGCAUGUUAUUCCAAAAAAAAAAUCCACUGAGGUCAAAAACACACGUAGUGUUAUUGUCAUACCUCGACUGUACUCUCAGCUUUAACUUCUUGAUCAGAAAUGGCCUCUUUGUUUCAUUCAGGGCAUUUUAGAGUAGAGAGGGCAGAAUACAGGACUCCCCAUGUGGUCUCUCUGUGGGGGAAGUCGGUACCUGCAGAUUUAAAAACCUUCACCUGCUGGUUUCUGACAAAUAUCUAAAAUAGGAAGUCCAACGAUGCUUCACAGGGUGUGUUUUUAAAUCCAGACGUCUGACAGUGACGUUCAGGCUGCUGCUUUAGCUAAGGUAGGGUAGUCGAGUCUCUAUAUAUAAAUACAGUAUAUCUGUUAUGCCCUCCUAUAAGCUUAUUUACAGUGACAAAAUACAACUGUGAGAACCGGUGGAGUCUCAUCCACUGCACUGCUCUUCAGCUAUUUGUGGCCAAAACCUUUUAAAUGUGCAAGACUCCAGCACCCACUUUACCAUCACUACAUUGAGAUUUAGUCAGCAAGCAAUAUAAAUCAAGCCUCUGCUUCGUUUUUAUCACUAAAAACAAGUUCACUUUCUGGUGUUGUGCAAAGAAGCUUUGGAACCUGUUGGGGCCUUGUUGAUUUCACUAACUGUUAGUUCUGCAUGUCGCUGAAGUCCCUUUUCCAUCACAAGAACUGGAAAUAAGAUGCAUUACCUCAAAGGAAUGCAUCCUCAGCUGGUUUAAUGAUGCUGGCUCAGUAAUCAUUAAAACCACAGAAUGAAGUUUGAGUUCUGUGGUCAUGUGUCUUAACCAACACAAAGUGCAUUUCUAGUAGAUGUCGCCAUGCUAGUUUUACUAAGUUGGGCUUAGAAACAUCUGCAAAUGUUUCCUUUGGCAUCAUGUCUCAUUGUAAAAUUUGGCUUAGCAAUUGGUUCUUAACUGCGAUUAUUUCAGCUCACUAUUUGAAUGGGUUUAGUCACCAGAACCAGCUGUUUAGGUUUAGGUGAACAUCGUGGUUUGGGUUCAGAUACCACCACUAACAACACAUUCCACUUUGAAACAAAAUACUAAAGGCAGAGACGCCAAAGGUUCGAUACAGAACAUACUGGGAGUAAGACGGCGUGUAGUGACAUGUUGUAGUAAGAAAACAUCUCACAUUAUUGAUUAAUUAACAUACAGUUUAAUUUAUGCAUACAGUAAAUAUGACAUGCCUGCAAUGACUAUGUCUACACAGAGCCGCCAUAGUGUCACUUUAUCAGAAGCUAGCAAUGUUAUUUAUGACAAAUUUGAAAGGGACUUUAAAUGGGGUUUGAAAAAUAACAAAAAUCCAAUACAAUUUAGCCAAGUGGGUGGGGGGAUCCCUCCAUCCAUCCAUCCAUCCAUGCAUCCAUGCAUUUUCAUAACAACUUGUCCAGUUCAGGUUUGCAGGGUUGCUUGAGCAUAUCUCCGCUGUCAUGAGUGAUAGAUGGGACACACCCUGGACAGGUCGCACUCAAAUUCACACUAACUGCUAUUUCAGAAUGACCAAUUAAUGUCUUUGGACUGUGGGAGGAAGCCACACCACCCAGAGAGAACCCAGGCAACAGGGAACACAUAUAAUGUGCUAAUGUCAGUGUGCUGUUAGCGUAUUAUUGCUGCUUGGUGAUAAAGAGAUUUCAAUAAUUGUAUAACAUUUUAUGAUUAUAUAUAAUAUUUUAACUAGAUGUGACCCUCUUUGAGUGAGAGCAGGAAGUUGCUUAUUCAAUUCAAUUUAUUUAUAUAGCGCCAAAUCACAACAAAAGUCGCCUGAAGGCGCUUCAUAAAAAUGGCUUAUGCUAGCGCUGGCUAGCUAGCUUGGUUUAGCGGCAUGCAUUCAUUAAAAUGAAAACAAAAUCUGCUCCCAAGAAUCUUUUAGUCCAAGCAAGAUUUUAAAAAGAAGAAGAAAAAAAAAGACCAGAGCAGCAACAGACUAAUUUUAAAUGUAAUAUUUGGCUUGUUGGGUAUUUUAUUGUGGAACUGCAGUUUGUUGCCCCACUGCGUUGGCGUCAUUAGUUAGCUUUGUUUUUAGCUUACUCUGCUGGUCCCACAUGGACAAAAAAAUAUUAACGGUAUUCAAGUAGUGUGUUCAGAACCACUGAAAACAUAAAUAAACAAAAUUAAAAAGACAUAAAUGUAAAAUGUUAAAUAUCAGGUGAACAGCAGUAAAUAGACUAGCCCCUGUCAUGUUUCCUUCAGUUUCUCGGUCUUGUGAUGGAAAAGACGCAAAGUCACCUGUGAAAGCUGCUGGUUAUGAUCAUCAUCGACAGUGAAGAUGAGACCUCCUUGACUUUCUCACAGGGCUGCAGUGCAAACUGAAAGACUACAGUUUACUUGAUGACUUCAUUAUAUGUAUUUGAGACCACAUAUAUUGGCCCAGGAAGCCGUUUUCUCUUUAUGGGGGAUCUCCACGCCCCCUUUUUCUUACCCAGUGGCAAAGUGUUGUUGUUAACGGCAGUAAUGCAGUACAGAAAGAGCUUGAAUCUUUUACUGGUCAGACUUAAUGUCAUCGUUUAAAGCACUUCACACGAAUACCUCUUCAGUGCGUUCCUGCCUGCUUCAGCAUUUAUUUAUUGGUAGAACACUUUUUGAAUGGAGGAACAUUUUCCUGUCUGCUUUUACAUUCCACAAGAGCUACCUUCACCCAAAACCUGGGUAGUCAGUCACAACUCUGGGCCUUUACUUUCUUUCUCUCUGUCUUUUUUUUGUUUUGUUUGUUUUAGUUUUUUUUGGAUCUGAAGAAAUGCAGAUAGAAGAAUGGGAAUGAAAAAAGGAAAACUGAGCAAAAAGAAGAGAGGCUAAACUCAGUUCUCAGGGACACGACUUAAAGAAACAAAACAAAAAGUAGUAGCAUUUAGCAUUUAAGAUAUUGUAAAUACUAAAGUGUCAAUUCAGAAAAUUGUAAAGUUAUAAUUAUUUAUGAUAAGUAUGUUAUGGUUUUGUUCUUUGUUUUUAUGAUUUUGUCGGGGUGUACUUGAAUUGUUUUGGACAGGGGUGUUUGACAGCAUGUUUUUUUUUCUUUUUUUUUUAAGAGCAAAGACUUCAAGGCAUUUCUCAGGUGCUCCUGUGUACAUUUCUUUCAGUUUUUGUUUUUUGGCUUUUUUUUUCUUUUUUUUUGCAAUAAUAACUAUUAUUAUUUGUAUUUUAUAGAAGUUGGGGGGAGGGGGGUGUUUUCCAAAAGUGAGCAUGUUAUUUGAAGUUGAGUAAAAUGAGGAAGGCAUUCAUUUGUAAACGGAUUCUUACUAAACCUGACUAUGCAGAACCACUUCGAUGGUGUUGUCCCCUCUUAAAUAUACCCCCUCAAAACUGAGUGCAGAGACCUAGUGGGUUGAACCACUAUUAAUGAGGACGGGGGUGUUGCGGACGAAAAGGAGACCCAUCAUGCUUGUAUUUGGACAGUGCACAGUGGCCGGCCUGUUUCCGCUGCAACGUUUAGAGUAGACGAAAAAGCGAAAGACGGUGGAAAAUGCCUUUCUGGUCGAUCAAUGUACAAAAGUUGUUAAUUUUUUAUUUGUUUUGUUUGUUUGUUGGUUUUCUUUAAUCAGGACUAAAGCCUUCAGUGUCUUCUCAGAGGUGUCGUAUUGUGCGGCAACACUGUGGUGAGACGAAACGAUACGCAAGUGUCCGGAAACAGCAACUGUAUGAACAAAAAAAGAGACGGCCUGUGGAUGACCUCGUGCUCAUUCCUUUUAACUUUUUUUUUUUUUUAAUUGCUUUCUCAGCUCCUUUUCACCUCAUUAAACUGGCUGAGUUCAGGUCUUCUAUAGUUUUGUUUUCCCCUGAUGUUCUUGAACACCUCGAUCCCUCUCGAACAAGGAGGACGUCGGAUUUAAAGCCAGUUGCGUUUAAGUGCGACCACUUCCUCGAGUAUCCUGAAACACGUUGACAUCAGUGCGCUACAGUAGCUUGCAGAGAACGAAAUAAAGCUGCGAGGUUUAUACAUAAUGAAGAUAAUGAAAGGAUACAUUGAUUUUUUUGGGGGGAUAAUAUAUUAGGAAAAUAAUUUUGCCGAGGAGCUCCAGUCGGCUGCCUUUAUGUGAGGCAUUCACUGACAGCAUUACAACAAAGUUUUCCUUGCUUUUCUUUUCCUUCUUUAUUAACUAACUCAGCCAGUUUCUGGGCGUUUUCUUUGUUGUCCCCGUCUGUCUUUGGUUUGUAGGAGAAGUACUGUUUGCUGGUAGAGAUCUAGUUCACCUACUGUUUUCCCAGUUUUUGUUUUUGAAUUCUUUCCAACUUAAGGGAUAUUUGAAAGUGUUUGUUGCCUCUUUGUGCUACUGAUUAUGAAAAGGUAUCUCCAGUAUUUGUUGCCACAGAAGUAUCAUAGCUUAUCAUCAACACCUUUUCUUUUUUUUUGUAAUUUGUUUUUGUUUUUUGUGCGACUUCUUGAGCUACUGUCUAUAAAGCGAGAAUUUAUUACUAUUUAUGUAACGCUACUACCAUUUUAUAUUGAUUUGUGUUGGAAUCUCAGUGCUUUUCUAUGAAUAAAGUGUGAAACACGUUA